UAAAGCGAUAACCCGGUUUCUACAAAAAUAUAUAACAGGAUUAAAUCGUGGGUGUUGGUCAAGUUUAAAAGAAAUCGUCGAUAUGACUUUGCUUCGCGGUCGUCUGUUACUGAUUCUAGGACUAUUGCUCGCGGGAGCAAAGGGCGAAGAAGUCAACGACAAGGAAUGGUGGGAAACCGCGUUGGUUUAUCAAAUCUGGCCUAGAGGAUUUCAGGACAGCGACGGGGACGGCGAGGGUGACUUACAGGGUAUUAUCAGUCGCCUCAAUUAUCUCAAAGAUCUUGGAAUCGACGCAAUUUGGUUGAAUCCCAUCUACCCGUCACCCCUGGUAGACUCUGGAUAUGAUAUUUCCAAUCACACCGACAUACAUCCCCUUUUUGGUAGUUUGGAGCAUUUCGAUGAACUCCUGAAACAAGCACAUGACCGUGAUCUGAAAGUCAUUUUGGACAUAGUGCCUAAUCAUUCAAGUGAUAAACACACGUGGUUUUUGCAGUCCUCUAAUAAAGCUGGUAGAUAUAAUGAUUACUACAUUUGGGCAAAGGGAUCAUUGGACGGAGAAGGGAAUAAGAGACCUCCUAAUAAUUGGGCAAGCACUUAUAGCAGUGAAGAGGGAUCUGCAUGGACAUGGCACGAUACAAGGAAAGAAUGGUAUUACCAUAAAUUUCACAAAUCCCAACCUGAUCUCAAUUUAAGAAAUAAAAAUGUGGUGCAAGAACUACUGGAAGUUUUCAAAUUUUGGUUAGAAAAAGGUGUGGAUGGUUUUCGAAUUACUGCUGCAUCAUAUUUAUUUGAAGAUGAAAACUUAAGAGAUGAACCUGUUACAAAAAGGGGAACUUAUACAUCUGGUUUGCCUGAAAAUACAAACCUUUUAUACACAUUUCGUUCAUAUAUUGACAAUUGGGUAAAAGAAAAAACUUCAACCUCAAAAUUAUUAAUCGCGGAAUCUUAUGACUCAAAUGAAACACUAGUAGCUCUUUAUGGUAAUGAAACACACAAAGGAAUUCCACCUUUCAAUUUCCGUUUUAUCACUAGCAUUCAAAACACCAGUACUGCUGAACAUAUUAAAAACGUUGUGGAAGAUUGGUUUAAAAUACUUCCUAUUAAUGCUAGAACAAAUUGGGUGCUUUCAAAUCACGAUAACUCAAGAGCAGCUUCAAGAAUUGGAUUCAAUCGCGUUGAUGGUCUUCAUAUGCUAAGCCUUUUAUUACCUGGUCAAGCAUAUACUUAUUAUGGAGAAGAGAUCGCGAUGUUGGAUAGAAAAAUGUUAUGGAACGAAACAAUUGACCCUAUGGGUUGCUCAAAGACAAAUGAAACAUAUGAAAUGUAUUCUAGAGACCCUGCAAGGACACCAAUGCAGUGGAAUUCUAACGUGUCUGCAGGAUUUUCAACCAAUAAAACCACAUAUCUCCCUCUUCAUCCAGACUAUGUAGACAGAAAUGUUGAAGUGCUAUGUCAGAAACGGAGUAACUUAAACACAUACAAAUUGCUUGCUGCUCUUAGGAAAAGUAAGGUUUUCACACAUGGCGAUUACGAGUUGGCAACCUUAAAUAAUAAUCGUGUAUUUAUAUUAAAAAGAUCUUUUGAAGACUAUCCUACAUAUAUCGUUAUUAUUAAUCUGGGUCUGAAACUGGAGAAAAUUAAUUUGACUUUAUUGUAUCCAAAGUUGGGAGAUUCUGUGGAAAUCAUUAUAGCUUCUAGUAAUGCUGUUCAAGCUACGAAACCUGUGUCGGGUGGAAGUUUCAUACUGACUGCUAAUGCUGCAUUUGUAAUAAGAGCUCAAGAAAUAAGAGAAACAACAACUCCCUCCAUCUCUACAACUACAAAAAAAUCAGCAUCCAACUCAGCUCCUGGUUCCACAAUGAUAUUCCAGUUGAUACUAACAACAACUAUUACUGUGAUACUAUUCUUCAAAUCCUGAACAUGUUUGUAAAUAAGACUUUGUACAAUUAAUAGUUAAUUAUGUAUGAAUCAGAAUGCCUAUUGUGUUUUAAAUAAAAAUAAUUUGGAG